CCCGCACACCCGGGUUUGCGGCGCAAUCAGGUGCGCGUCCCUCAUUGGCUGCCGGCCGCGCAGGGGCGGGGUUUACAGUUCCUGGCCGCACCCCUUGCGCUCGCCUGCUUGACAAGGGGGGGCGGUGGGUGGGGGGACAACAACCCAGGAGCGCAGCGGCCCUCGGUCACUCCGCACUGGUGGAAAAAUAUGGUGCCGAGAAGAGCUCAUCCUGCGCUCCACUUCCACAGCGACUAAAUCCACAGCGAGCGCUCACACUCGGUGUUGUUUUCUUGUGCCCUGCUGUCACUUUGCACCAGAAUGUGCGUGGAAGGCGACGGAUGCGAGCUGGAAGGCUGCGGCCGUUCGGAUGAAGUGCGCACGCUGUCGGGCGGCGUGAGCACCGCGCUCAAAUCCAACCCGGACCUGCGCGCCUGCAAACCCGGGCACAAAUUUCGAGCCGCGCUGCUCCGAUGCCGCUCGCCGGCCGUCGCUGCCGGGAUCCUCAGUUUCGGGAACGUGCUCAACUACAUGGACCGAUGCACAGUAGCCGGCGUCGCGCUUGACAUCCAGAAGCAUUACGAGGUGUCGGACAGCGUCGUUGCCUUGUUGCAAACAGUGUUCAUCUGCAGCUUCAUGGUGGCAGCUCCCAUCUUCGGUUACCUGGGCGACCGCUUCAACAGGAAGGCCAUCCUGAGCUGCGGCAUUUUCUUUUGGUCCACCGUCACGCUGUUGAGCUCCUUCAUCAGCAAAGAGUACUACUGGCUGUUCGUCCUCUCCCGGGGGCUGGUGGGCAUUGGAGAGUCCAGCUACUCGUCCAUCUCCCCCACCAUCAUAGGAGACUUGUUCACCAAUAACAGGCGCACCAUGAUGCUCUCUUUCUUCUACUUGGCCAUCCCUUUGGGAAGCGGAUUGGGUUACAUCCUGGGCACCAGUGCCAAGGUAGCUGCAGGAGACUGGCACUGGGCACUGAGGGUGUCUCCGGUUUUGGGGAUGACCGCAGCCACCCUGAUCAUGCUCUUUGUGCCUGAGCCAAAGCGAGGAAGCGCCGACCAGAUGGGAGGACGCAUCAAGACCCGCACGUCGUGGCUGUGUGACAUGAAGGCGCUCGCUAAAAAUCGGAGUUACGUGUUCUCGUCCCUGGCGUCGGCUGCCGUGUCUUUUGCUACGGGUGCGUUUGGGAUGUGGAUUCCCAUCUACCUUGCCAGAGCUCAGGUGGUCCAGAAGACCGCAGAACCGUGCGACACCAAAGAAAUCUGCAGCAGCACAGAAAGUCUUGUCUUCGGGGCAAUCACUUGUGUCACGGGCCUGUUGGGCGUGCUCAUCGGGGCCGUCACCACGCGCAUGUGCCGGAAGAAGACGGAGCGAGCGGAUCCCCUCGUGUGCGCCGUCAGCAUGCUGGGCUCGGCCAUCUUCAUCUGCCUUAUUUUUGUCGUGGCAAAGAAGAGCAUCACAGGAGCUUAUGUCUGCAUCUUCAUAGGAGAGACGCUGCUCUUCCUGAACUGGGCCAUAACAGCUGACAUUUUAAUGUUUGUGGUCAUUCCCACACGGAGAGCAACAGCGGUGGCAUUCCAGAGCUUCACCUCUCACCUACUGGGCGAUGCAGGAAGUCCAUACCUAAUUGGUCUGAUCUCUGACAGCCUUCGUGAGAGCUACGCGACGUCGGCGCUGUGGCGCUUCCUCAGUCUGGGCUACGCCCUCAUGCUCUGUCCCUUCAUCAUCGUCCUGGGCGGCAUGUUCUUCCUGGCCACCGCACUCUUCUUUCUGGAUGACCGAGAGAAGGCUCAGAAUCAGUUGAGCCAGCUCUCUCGGCCCUCCACUUCGGUCAAGGUGUGAUGAGGUGACAACCGAGUGAAGAAGCAACAAAGAGGAGCUCAAAUUCCGGGGCAGCUGUUUUCCAAACCACACCCGUGCGCCUCCCCGCUGCCGCUCCUCUAAACGCAUCCGCGGAAAUGCUUCUUAACUGGACUCGAGGGAGCGUCUUGCCCCUCCUCGGAGUCGCCUCUUGAAAUCGCGAGCUGGUGAGAAGGUGCCCGGCGGCGUGCCGAAGCCUGCCAACCUGACAGCUGGUGUCUGUGAGGAUCCACUGAACUUUCACUCGAGAGGGAGGAGGUGACCUGAUGCCAUACUACUGAAUGCUGACCAUGAACCUGCCCUGUCUGUCUGUCUGCCUGCCUGCUUGUCCGUCAGUUGGCUGUCAAUCUGCACCAAGUGCCAUUGUGUCAUUACAUUCCUUCAGACUUUGCACUGACCACCCUCAUGACAUCACCGCCGACGAUGUUUACAUGCACCGUUCAGCCUUUCAUACGGAAAGAUAACACUUAUUAUGCCCCCGCCCUGCGGCCCAGCUAAAGCCUGGAAACAGACCAAAAACUGCAAACGUAAUGCAGGGCAACUUAAGUAAAACCUGCAAGUGCUCAUCUCGAGAUAAAGCAAAGUUGUUACCUGCCACCAUGGCGUUACAAGCAAGGCUGCGCCGUGCGUGCAAACAUAGUCUGCGCCCGAGAGCCAAAACGUGUGAUUGUGCGUGGGUCAGUGAAUCAGCCUUAAAGCGCUCCUGUCCGCACAGCAAGCCAGCUGUUCCCGACGAGCCUCGUAUGCAAAUCCUUUUUGAGCUUUGAGCACUUAAAUCAGUGUGUGCCAGAGAACGUGACCGGGACGGGAGAAAGUUCACAAAAUGAUGUGUUGCAAUGAUUUUGUCGAUGUGAGGUCUGUGUUCAAAGGAGGUUACUGCCUGGGAUUGAUACAAUCUGGGUGCUUUAAAACAAAACAAAAAAGGACACUGGAUUAUAUAUUUUAUAAUUUAUUGUAUGUAUAUAUGUUCCCCCCCCCCCCCCCCCAAAAUGAAUGGAAUUUAUUAUUGUGACUUGGGGAUGUAUAAAGGGGUGUUUUGAUGUACAUGGGAAGCAAUACUUGUGUUUUGUGGAAGCUUUUUAGCCACACUGCCUUAUCAGUGAGCUGGCUUUCUCACUCUCUGAUGCUUGGUUUAGAAUUUCUGGACAAAAGACCUUUUUUAGAGAGAGCAGUCCAGCCCACACCGGAUAGAAUAACAUCUACCCCUCUGUCUAUAUUUUAGCUAUCAUGCCUUGACUAGAAAAGAACCUUUGACGUGAGCUGCAGGCGCAGCCAUUAGUUUAUUGCUUAAGGAAAUCUAAAUCCCAGACAGGAAAAGGAAAUGUUCCAACAGAUAAGCGAGCAUCGCUAACCCCCAACCCCCCAUCCCCCGGAAAAUUAUUUAAAAACAUGCAGCAGUUACACACCGCACUGAACGCAUGAAGCUGCUGCUGUAGCCGGACUGCAAAUUGUUCAUGAUAAUGCAAAAAUUUUGACAGUACCUGUUAGAUGCAAUUUGAAACAAGUUUGAAAACGGGUGCGUGCAAGCACUUUUCAGGCUUGCACGAUCGGGAAGAGAUGACCUUGGAGGAGGAAAUAGAGAGACGUUGCGGGAGGCCUUGUCGCGCUGAUGUGUGAGCGGGACGAACGGGACCCGUGUGUGGGCUGUGUCCUUGCUCUCGGAUGAUUAGCUUUAGCGUCGCUGAGUGCGGUGGUGUCCGACCGACGCGUUUGUACACGUGCAACAACUACAGCUAACUUCUUACCCUGGGUUCAUUUUUUUUAUCAUUACCAAACGUGUAGCAAUCGUAAUAUAUUGUAAAGUGAUGGCUUGGAUGCAAUGUAUUUAUGAAUAAUCUUGUAAAGGGAAUUGUUAGGUUUGUAUAAAUUACACUUUGUCAUUGUCAUUGGGUUUUGAGACAACUGCUUGUUCUUCUUUUUGUAUCUAAAUAAAAACAAUCACAUUUUGUUUUUUUAAGAACAACAUGUUGAACCAUUUUGCACAUUUAAUGUUCAGGGAUUUUAUUUCAAUCCAUGUCGCCGCCUCUACCCUACUGGUCAUUUCAUGCGCACAUCCAAGCGUUUGUCACCAAGUGGGUCAUGAAUUGAUUUGCCAAAUUUCGUUGAUCUAGCACCAGUCCUUCAGUAUCUGUUGUAUCUAGGAAAGCUACGUUAAUCAUCAUUCGAGCGAUGUAUCGAGAAUGCACUAUUUCUUGUCAUACAAGAAUCUGUAUAUAAAGAAACCUGUUCUAUUUCUGGUGUUUGUGCAGAAAACGAGGUUAUUUUUAUUUUUAGGCAGGUUGACCCGAGAGAAGCGUGAACUGAUAUUAUUGAUAUUAUCUAGAAAUGAACUGUGAUGCUCCCGUCAGGGGUUGAUUCAAAAUGUACACAUCUGUAAUUCAAAUAAACAAAGUAUUUAAUCACCUUA